AUGCCGUCCGCGAACAUCGAUCACCUCACCAUCUCUGCCCCGGAGGAGCAUUUCGACCCUCUUGUCGAGUGGUAUAAAAAGGCUCUCUCUCCACUAGGUUACAGGGAAAUAAUGCGGUUCCCUGGUUUCGUCGGACUGGGCAGCGAGUUUCCUGAUUUUUGGAUCGCUCAGAAGGAAAUUCACAUUCCGUCGGGGUUUCAUUUUGCCUUUUCAGCUCCGAACCAAGCUGCUGUUGAUGCUUUCCACAUGGCUGCCACCAACGCCGGGGGCACCUGCAACGGCAAGCCUGGGUUAAGACCAGAGUAUCAUGAGCAUUAUUACGCGGCGUAUGUUUUGGAUCCAAUUGGAAAUAAUAUGGAGAUGGUUACCCAUUGUCCUGAGGGCCUGGAGAAGUAG